AUGUCUCACGAAGAAGAUCUCAUUGAUUAUUCCGAUGAGGAGAUCGGUGGUAACGAAACCACCGCCACCACCUCCAACGGCAAGAAGGGCGAGCUUGCUGCCGGCAACAAUGUCGACAAGAAGGGCAGCUACGUCGGCAUUCAUUCCACCGGUUUCCGCGAUUUCCUUUUGAAGGCUGAGUUAAUUCGCGCCAUCGGCGACUGCGGUUUCGAACAUCCAUCGGAGGUUCAACAAACCUGUAUCCCCCAGGCACUGCUCGGUGGUGAUAUCAUCUGCCAGGCCAAGUCUGGUCUAGGAAAGACAGCUGUCUUUGUUCUCGCUACCCUUCAGCAGGUCGAGCCUGUGAACGGAGAGGUCUCCGUCGUUGUUAUGUGCCACACCCGAGAGCUGGCUUACCAGAUCCGUGACGAGUACAACCGCUUCAGCAAGUACAUGCCCGAUAUCAAGACCGGUGUGUUCUAUGGUGGAACUCCCAUCAAGACCGACAUGGAGACACUCAAGAACAAGGACACUUGCCCUCACAUCAUCGUCGGUACUCCUGGACGUCUCAAGGCCCUCGUUCGUGACAAGGCCCUACGUCUGGGCAGCGUUCGCAUCUUCGUGCUUGAUGAGUGUGACAAGAUGCUUGAUCAGCCUGAUAUGCGCACGGAUGUGCAAGAUGUUUUCCGCGCUACACCUCCUCAGAAGCAGGUUAUGAUGUUCUCGGCCACCUUGUCCGAGGAGGUGAAGCCUAUUUGCCGGAAGUUCAUGCAGAACCCCACCGAGCACUACGUUGAUGAGGACACUAAGCUCACUCUUCACGGUCUUCAGCAGUUCUACAUCAAGCUGGAAGAGAAGGAGAAAAAUCGCAAGCUCAACGAGCUUCUGGAUGAACUCCAGUUCAACCAGGUCAUUAUUUUCGUCCGUAGCACUGUUCGUGCCACUGAGCUUGACAAGCUCCUCAGGGAGUGUAACUUUCCUUCUAUUGCCGUCCACUCUGGCGUUAGUCAGGAAGAACGUAUUCGUCGCUACAAGGAGUUCAAGGAGUUCAAGAAGAGAAUUUGCGUUGCUACCGAUGUCUUUGGACGAGGUAUUGAUAUUGAGCGAAUCAACCUCGCCAUCAACUACGACUUAUCCAACGAUGCCAGCUCCUACCUGCACCGUGUCGGUCGUGCUGGGCGAUUCGGUACCAAGGGAUUGGCCAUCUCAUUCGUCAGCACCGACCAAGACCAAGAGGUGCUCAAGGAGAUCGAGAAGCGAUUCGAAGUCGCCCUUCCUGAAUUCCCCAAGGAGGGUGUCGAUGCCAGCACUUACAUGGCCUCUUAA